CUCAAGUUUCGCCGCACGACGGACUCAAAGGCGCAGUACGCUGCAAGUGUGCGCGAAUUCGUAUCACUGCUCUAAAAUUGUGAUGGCGAACGCGAACGGAGCUUCUGCGCGGAUGCUCGUCUUCAGGGGCACUUUGAUCCAUGCAACCCCGGAGGAAGCGGUGAAGAUUCUGGAAGAUGCACUACUUGGAGUUCAAGCUGAUGGAAAGAUCGCCUUUAUCGGAGAUGGCAAGGAGCUGCAUCGACUCUCCAAAGAAUUUGCAUUUAGUCCAUCGUCGGUAACUCACCUGGAAAAACAUGAAUUCUUCAUGCCCGGAAUGGUGGACACCCACAUCCACGCCCCUCAAUACAGCUAUGCUGGCACGGCCCUGGACAUGCCCUUGCUUGACUGGCUCAACAAGUAUACCUUUCCCGUGGAAUCACGCUUUAAAGAUAAGAGUUUUGCACGGGAGGUCUACACUCAAGUCGUGAAAAGAACCCUGAAAAACGGAACAACCACCGCUUGUUACUUUGCAACCAUACAUACCGACUCAUCUCUUUUGUUGGGUCACAUUGCAGAUGACUUGGGACAGCGAGCUUUGGUGGGCAAGGUGUGCAUGGACAGGAAUAAUUCCGUGAAACAUUACAAAGAGACGUGUCAAGAGUCUCUGGAGGAAACCCGUCGCUUCAUCGCUGAGCUCUUGGGGAAGAAGUACGCUCUGGUGAAGCCCGUGGUAACACCUCGCUUUGUCCUGUCGUGCUCCGGAACCUUGCUGGGACAACUGGGACAGUUGGCUAAGAAUAACAACCUGCAUAUUCAGAGUCAUAUUAGUGAAAAUAUUGAGGAGGUGAAGAUCGUGAAGGAGCUGUUUCCCGAUUCUGCCUCCUACACAGACGUCUACCACAAACACAACCUUCUUACCGACAAGACGGUGAUGGCGCACGGUUGCUACCUGAGCGAUGAAGAGUUGGAUUUGUUUCGAGAGACAGGAGCUUCUUUGUCUCACUGUCCGAACUCCAACAUCUCGUUGUGUAGUGGAUUCCUCAAUGUCCGGAACGUCCUGAAUCAUAAAGUCAAGCUUGGCCUCGGAACAGACGUGGCAGGAGGCUACUCAGCCUCCAUGCUGGACGCCGUGAGGAGAACCUUGGACACGUCCAAAAUUCUGAGCCUACAGGACCCGGAACUUAAGACGCUCACCUUUGAGGAGGUGUUCAGGUUGGCGACACUCGGUGGCAGCCAAGCUUUGUCCCUCGAUGACCAAAUUGGAAACUUUCAAGUGGGGAAAGACUUUGAUGCAUUGAGAGUGAACGUAGCGGUUCCGGAUGGGCCCAUUGACUUGAUCCAGCUCGAGGAACCAAAGAUUAUGCUGGAAAAGUUUUUGAAUUUGGGUGACGAUAGAAACAUCGUGGAGGUUUAUGUGGCCGGAAGGAAAGUGGUACCAUAUCCCAAGAAGCCCCUCUGCUAGAUUUAGCAUCACUUUGAUUGGAUGACUCGCAAUGUUGCCUAUUCUUUCAUGAUUGAUUUUAGAAAUGAGUCACAUUCAGGCUGUCAUUUGAUUAUUUGUAGCGGGCAAGCUUUGGAAUUUAUUUGCAGGAGUAAUAUGUAGAAGUGCACUGAGCAGUAUUUUGCAAUUUAUCAGCAACUUAAUAUUUAGCAAUUUACUGUAAGCAACCUUAACUCAUCUUGACUGCCCAGCGGGUUUUUUUGUAUCGUAUUUUCCGGACUAUAAGGCGCACCGGACUAUAAGGCGCACCAUUCAUGCAUCAUGUCAGAUUUUUUAUCCAAAUCAAAUCAUUCUCCAUUUUAUCUUUUUUUUCAACUUCAGAUGCAACAAAUGACUUUAUAAUGACAAAAUAAUGAUCCAUAGUCUUUUUGAUUCAUGAUUCAUAGUCUUCAGCAGACCACUUAAGCUUGAUUUUAUGACACAAUGCUUCGAGCCAGUUUGAAUUUAGGAAUUUAGCCCAUAUAUAAGGCGCACUGGACUAUAAGGCGCACUGUCGGCUUUUGAGAAGAUUUUAGGUUUUUAGGUGCGCCUUAUAGUCCGGAAAAUACGGUACUAGAUAUAAUUUUCUGUUGUUGUUGCUGUAAAUAAGAUCCAAAGUGUGGCUCUCGAGAAAUUGAAAUGCGCAAAUGGUUGUGAUGAUUUAAAACAAAAGAAGCAAAGCGCUUGCGGUGUUGGCAGAGCCACUAGCACGAAGGCGGCUUGACAAAAACAACAAGGCACUUCAGGCUUGAUCGUACUUGACGAAAACCACUUACGUUUUUUCACAUGCUCUUUUUGAUUUGGAUAGCAAAAUUGCACGGUCUGAAAUAAUGCAUAAAACACAAUUUUAGGAUUUUACUGUCAUUUUUUUUAUCUGUGGUUUGAAAUUUUUAAAAGUACAUGAUUUGUUUUGUGUAUAAAAUAUUUGGAAUAUUCCUUUGUUGCAGUAAAAAUUAUGUUGCGUUACUAUCAGAGUUUCGGGAAAUUUGGAUUCAAAAGAAAUUGCUAGAUUCUAGUUACAGAGUCGCCGCACCCAAAAAUUCUCAAAGACAAAUCAAGUCUCAAGAUGCAGUGAUGCCUGUUGAGAAGUGGACACGUUUGAUUAUGAGGUGAGGCCGUUCCUCAGCGUGAUGUUUUGCUUGCGGAGUGUCAAUCAUUUGUUUGUGAUUGAGUAACCCUUCUUGGAAUUAACAAUGCAUUAUGGAACAAGCAGAGACAGAAGCUCUGUUCAGGUUCAGACAACUUUUAGAUUGCAGACUGACAUUCUCUUAUAUUGCCAGCAAAAGCAUUUUUGUAGUAAUUCUCUGAUAGAUGUAAUCAGACUAUCUUUUGUGUUUAAUCCAAAUAAGACAUUUGCAAACAUCUCAAUGAACAACAAUCAUUGCUGUCUGAUGUUACAACUGUUGUUUAAUUGUUUUAUAAUAACUAAAUCAUAUCAAAUAAACAAAAAAUAUUAUUUGA